UGAUCUUUGCCGGCAAGCAGCUGGAGGAUGGGCGCACCCUGUCCGACUACAACAUCCAGAAGGAGUCCACCCUGCACCUUGUCCUGCGCCUCAGGGGUGGCAUGCAGAUCUUUGUGAAGACCCUGACGGGCAAGACCAUCACCCUUGAGGUGGAGCCUAGUGACACCAUUGAGAAUGUCAAGGCCAAGAUCCAGGACAAGGAAGGCAUUCCCCCUGACCAGCAGAGGCUGAUCUUUGCUGGCAAGCAGCUGGAAGAUGGGCGCACCCUCUCUGACUACAACAUCCAGAAGGAGUCCACCCUGCACCUUGUCCUGCGCCUCAGGGGUGGCAUGCAGAUCUUUGUGAAGACCCUGACGGGCAAGACCAUCACCCUUGAGGUGGAGCCUAGUGACACCAUUGAGAAUGUCAAGGCCAAGAUCCAGGACAAGGAAGGCAUUCCCCCUGACCAGCAGAGGCUGAUCUUUGCCGGCAAGCAGCUGGAAGAUGGGCGCACUCUCUCCGACUACAACAUCCAGAAGGAAUCCACCCUGCACCUUGUCCUGCGCCUCAGGGGUGGUAACUGAACUGGCUGGUUGCCGCUCACUUCCAAGUAAAAGUUUCUCUGCACUUGUUCAUUCCAAUAAAGCUAUUGCAUCCACAAAA